AUGACGAAUUUUUAUAUCUAUACUACUCGGGCUCUAAUUAUAAUGCACUCAAAUAAUGUGUUCGAACUAGAGUCUAAAGAACCGGUAAAACGUGAGGUGAAUGGAACGGUAGGGAAAUUAGAAAGUCAAUCUGAACAUAUUAGUGAAAGCCAUUUGUAUUUAAAGGGUCAAAUGAUGUUGGUAAAAGAAUGGGAUUGUCUCAUGUUUCUCGGAACCCCGGUGAUGAAAUCUUUGGAAGGUAUGUUUGCUACUGGACUAUUUAUUAAUGACCUCAGUAUGCACGAUUGUAGUCGGGACUUAGUACUGGCUGGUCAUCAACAGUCUGCCGAACUGAAACUUGCACUAGAUCAGGAAAAAUUAAAGAGCGCCAUAUUGGAAAAAAGUAUGAAACGUUUGGACAUGGAGAUGAAACGCACCGAUUCUUUAUUGUAUCAAAUGAUUCCCAAGAGCGUAGCAGACCGACUUCGAAAUGGAGAAGAUUCCAUGGACACGUGUGAAAUGUUUGACAGUGUGACGAUUUUAUUUAGUGACGUGGUCGGAUUUACAAAGAUCUGCAGCGUCAUUACGCCAAUGCAAGUAGUCGGGUUACUGAACUCAAUGUACACCUUGUUCGACCAUGUCAGUGAAAAGCACAAUGUUUAUAAGGUGAGUAAAUCGAGCAUUCAUACGACUUAA